CACCAACGACCUGACACCCAUUCUGUAUCUACACUAAAGCAAUAUGGAUCGGGAGGUUGUGGAGCUGUUUUCGGAGCCAGGGAAAGGGAAAGGCGUGCGAGCCCGGGCGGCAGGCAGGGGCAUCCGGCAGGGAAGUCUUAUAUUCGCCGAGGACGCCUAUAUAUUCACCCUGGACUUGGAAGAGUCAAAACGGCGUUGCCAUUUUUGUUUACAAAAGAAGACGGUGCCGCUUGUCUGCUACGGCUGCAAAUACGCCAGAUACUGCAGCGAGAAAUGCCAGGAGCACGACCAGCAACAUCACAUGAUGGAGUGUGACGUCAUCAACCUCAUUUCAGGACUUGCGUCAAACCUCAAAAUGGUAGUAGCCGCAUUAUGUAAGAUGCAUCAUCUGGCCGUUGAACGAGGUCAGCUGAGUUCCAUUUCUAACCUGAUGUCCCACGUGGAUGACAUAAAAAGACAGAGAGCCGGUGGCCUGGCAGCCAUGAUGUCCACCCUUCAUACAACCCUCAAGUUUCACCUGGAUUAUCUUAUUGACCAAGAAUCUCUGGAGAAGAUUAUUGGGAAGGUGAUGUGUAACAGCUUCGCCAUCCUUGACGAUGAUCACCAGCAGAUCGGUACAGCUCUUUAUGCUCAAGCCUCCAUGAUCAACCACAGCUGCACCCCGAACUGCGUCCCCGUCUUUAUCGGAAGCAGAAUCGAAAUCCGAGCAGCCAGGGUCAUCUUGCCGGGUGAGGAGGACGCAAAGAUGGAAUGUUUGAAAUGUCCACGGUGCAGCCGGCAGAUUCCUAAAACUUCCGCAUUACAGUUGCUGGCCUGUUCGUGUGGCUACAAGCUUACUUCAGGCGACUUUCUUACCGACAUGGAGGACAUCAAAAACUUCGCGGAAAACUUGGUGAACAGCAGAAAGUCUUAUGCCAACGAACCGGAGCACUUCCUGUAUUUGUUGGAACGCUGUCUACAGUUACAGCAGGAAGUCUUCCAUGAUGACAAUGUCACAUUUGUGUCGGUCCUGGAGAGAGCUCUGGACGUCUGCGUCGAAAUGGAAGAAUGGCAGAAUGCUCUUGAAUAUGCAGAAAGACUGGAAAGAAUUCUCAGGGUGUAUCUCCAGAACGACAUAGGACUUGGUCUACUUUAUAAGACGAAGGGAGUGAUACAGCUACAACUCGGGAGAACCGCCGACGCAAAACAAUCUUUGUUGACAGCCAAGCGGCUUCUCACAGUCACACACGGAUGGAGACAUGACCUCGUGCAGCACAUCCGGAAUGUCCUCACCGACCUUGAACCAGACGACGAGACAACCUUAGACCACGAAAAUGACUUUUCAAACCUUUAAUAUGUUGUAUCUUUAUGCAUCCACGACACGAUUUCAUUCUAUAGUUGGAAUGUCGUGAAAUAACAUCGGUAGAUCCUUUCAGUUGUUACUUCUUCACCGAUUAUUAUCAAGAAAACAAUGAAAAGAAUAAAUGGUUUCUGGCUCGUGGAUUGUUGUAUUUAUCCAACCUUGUUGUUUCCUCACAUAUCUGUUUAAUAUGUCCUGUUGUGUAA